UUGAGCCUCUGUAUUAUAAAAAGGAAGCUCAUCUAUAGUAGGAAGACACAACUUACAUAGAUAACAAUGCCAAUGGCUAGUUUCUUACCUAUUCUCUUGUUAUCUUGGUUUCUUUUUGCUCAUUUCCUCUGUUUAGUAGCCGUAGCAGAGAGAACAACAUACAUUGUCCAUUUAGACAAGUCUUUAAUGCCAAAGAUGUUUGCUAGUCACCAUCACUGGCAUUCUUCCACUAUUGAAUCCAUCAAGAUUGCAACUCCUGCUUCACUUAAUAGCCACCAUCCUGCUCCAAAGCUUCUUUAUUCUUAUGACAAUGUCUUUCAUGGCUUUAGUGCUGUUUUGUCCAAAGAUGAGCUAGAAGCUCUAAAGAAGUCCCCAGGCUUCAUUUCAGCUUAUAAAGAUACGUCUCUUGAAGCUCACACUACACAUACCUCUGAUUUUCUUAAGCUCAACCCUUCCUCUGGUCUAUGGCCAGCUUCUGGUUUUGGCCAAGAUGUGGUCAUUGGUAUUAUCGACUCUGGUGUCUGGCCGGAAUCUGCUAGUUUCAGAGAUGAUGGGAUGCCUGAAAUCCCAAAAAGGUGGAAGGGAAUUUGUCGUCCUGGCACGGAGUUCAACACUUCAAUGUGCAACAGGAAACUCAUUGGGGCUAAUUACUUCAAUAGAGGACUAUUGGCAAGUAAUCCUGAUGUGAACAUUUCCAUGAAUUCCGCAAGGGACACUGGCGGUCAUGGGACACAUGUUGCCUCUAUUGCUGCUGGUAAUUUUGUCAAAGGAGCAUCAUAUUUCGGAUAUGCACAGGGAACAGCAAAAGGGGUUGCACCACGAGCUAGGCUUGCUGUGUAUAAAUUUAGCUUUAAUGAAGGGGAAGUCGCUUCUGAUUUGAUUGCAGCUAUGGACCAAGCAGUUGCAGAUGGUGUUGACAUGAUAUGCAUUUCUUAUGGCUGGCGCUUUAUUCCUUUAUAUGAAGAUACUAUUGCAAUAGCUGCUUUCGGUGCGAUGGCCAAGGGUGUGUUGGUUUCUGCUUCAGCAGGAAACCGUGGUCCUGGUAUGGGAAGUUUAAACAAUGGAGUACCAUGGAUCUUCACAGUGGCGGCAGGCCAUACUGACCGUUGGUUUUCAGGGACUCUGACCCUGGGAAAUGGCCUAAAGAUAAGGGGAUGGAGCUUGUUCCCAGCAAGAGCUAUUAUUGAGGAUUGGCCUGUAAUUUACAACAAGACAGUUUCUGCCUGUGAUUCAGCUGAAUUAUUAGCUCAAGUACCUGAUGCUGGACGUAGCAUCAUCAUUUGUCGGAGGAGCGGAGACGCGGAGGAAGUCUCUGACCAAAUGAACUCUGUCGCAGAGGCAAGACUUGGAGCGGCCAUCUUUAUUUCCAACGAUCCAGCCGUAUUAAGGACCAUUCAAUUUCCAAAUCCUGGAGUUGUUAUAACCCCCAAGGAAGGCAAACAGGUUAUCAAUUAUGCUUCAAGGACUGCUGAACCCAAGGCCAGCAUUAGUUUCCUGGAGACACAUUUGGACAGAAAGCCUGCUCCAUUUGUUUCUGCAUCCUCAGCUAGAGGCCCCUCUCGAAGCUAUCUGAGAGUGGCAAAGCCAGACAUAUUAGCACCAGGAGUGUUAAUUCUAGCCGCCUGGCCAUGUAAUAUUGCAGAAGCAAAAAUUGGUACCAAUAUAGAAUUGGCAACUGAUUACCUUCUGGAAUCAGGCACAUCCAUGGCUGCUCCUCACAUUGCUGGAAUAGCUGCAAUGGUUAAAGGUGCACAUCCUGAAUGGAGUCCUUCCGCUAUUCGUUCAGCCAUGAUGACCACUGCCAACCCUUUGGAUAAUACGCAAAAACCUAUAAGGAAUUCUGAGGAUAACAAACCUUCUACACCACUGGACAUGGGAGCUGGGCAUGUUGAUCCUAACCGGGCUCUUGAUCCAGGACUCAUAUAUGAUACCACUCCGCAAGAUUAUGUUAAUCUUCUCUGUUCUUUGAACUUCACAGAAGAGCAGUUCAAAACAAUUGCAAGAUCAUCAGCUAACCACAAUUGCUCAAAACCUUCCUCGGAUGUCAACUACCCAUCAUUUAUUGCAUUCUUUAGCGCACAAGGGAACUUCACUUGGUUGGAGCAGAAAUUCACAAGGACAGUAACAAAUGUUGGAAGCGGUGCAGCCAAGUAUAGAGUGAAAGUGAAAGCACCAAGGAAUUCAAAGGUUUCUGUGUCACCGCAAACUUUGGUUUUUAAGAAGAAAAAUCAGAAGUUGAGCUACACUUUGACCAUUCGUUACAAAGACGACAUAGAACAAGAAGUCCAAUCUGGUUCAAUCACUUGGGUGGAAGAGAAAGGAAAUCAUACAGUAAGAAGUCCUAUUGUAAUAUCUCCAGAGAUAGAGAUCUGGGAGUGAAACUCUGCAACUAGCACAAGCUCUUGCAUUUUCUAAGUUUGUAUUCUGUCUGGAAUAGCCAGAUACAUG